UCAGUUUCUAGUCUCUUAGUUUAUGUGGUAUGCUGCCAGACCUCUUAGAACACAAGACUUAUCGCUCAAGUAAGGAAGGUGACUGCAGCGUCCCUAAAUUGUGUAUUAACACGGCUGAUUCUGCAACUAUUUAUGGUAUUAUAAAAUGGAAUUCAAUUUGCGUGAUUACCAGAAAGAGGUUGUGCAGCCUGCAUUGCGUGGUUACAAUGUUAUCAUCUGGCUUCCAACUGGUAGUGGCAAGACAAGAGCAGCUGUAUAUGUUGUUCGAAAUCAUCUGGAAAAAAAAACAAAGGCAAAAGUCGCUGUUCUUGUGAACAAGAUCCAUCUAGUUGAUCAACACUUCAAUAAAGAAUUCCAGCCCUUCUUAAAGGACAAAUUUAAAGUUGUUGCAAUAAGCGGGGACUCUGAAGAAAAGAUGUUUUUUUCUCAUGUUGUGAAGGAGAAUGAUGUUAUCAUAUGUACAGCACAGAUCUUAGAGAAUGCACUUAGUAACAUGGAAGAGGAAAAACACGUGGAACUAUCAGAUUUCAGUCUCCUGGUGUUUGAUGAAUGCCAUCACACUCAUAAAGAGAGCGUUUACAACAAAAUCAUGACACGCUACCUCGAGAUGAAACUUAGCAGGAAUGGAAGCUUACCCCAAAUCCUUGGGCUGACAGCAUCUCCAGGAACCGGUGGCAACACUUCUUUUGAAAAAGCAAAGGAACACAUCUUACAGAUAUGUGCCAACCUUGAUGCCAUGGGAAUAAUGUCUCCUGAGAUAAAUUUUGAGGAACUGCAAGAAAACGUCCCACAGCCCAUAAAGAAGUAUGAUGUAACUGAAGAAAGACCAGAGGACCCAUUUGGAGAUGCGCUGAAAGAAAUGAUGAAAAUGAUUGGUCGGUAUCUGGAUCAUCCAAAUCUUCCCCAUGAACUAGGGUCUCAGAUUUAUGAGCAAGCUGUUGUAGAGCUGGAAAAGACAGGUGCAGUUGCAGGUGACAGAAAAAUGAGAGUUUGUGCUAUACAUCUUCGGAAAUACAAUGACAGUUUAAUGAUUAACGACACUGUGAGAAUGAUCGAUGCACUCAGCUUUCUAGAUGAGUUCUUUCAGAAAGAGAAAGAAAAAAAACGUCUGCUGGAUGGACAUGAUGACUUUGUUUUCCAAGUUUAUGAAGACUACCAACCUAUUCUGUCAGAGCUGGCUAAAGUUCCAGACUUUGAGAACCCUAAGCUGGAAAAACUUGAGAAAAUCUUAUUGACAAAGUUCCAAGCAAGCAAAGAAUCACGUGGGAUCAUUUUCACAAAAACACGAAUGAGCACCUAUUGUCUGGCUGACUGGAUUAAGAAGAAUCGUAAAUUACAAGAAACUGGGAUUAAAGUGUCAAAUCUGACUGGUUCAGGAAUUAGUAAUCAGACAAAACAUAUGACUCAGAAUGAACAACGAGAUGUGAUUGCAAAGUUUCGUCAGGGUGAUCUGAAUCUUCUUGUGGCCACUAGUGUUGCUGAAGAGGGACUGGACAUUAAAGAGUGCAAUGUAGUGGUUCGAUAUGGACUGAUGACCAAUGAGAUUGCUAUGGUUCAGGCCAGAGGUCGAGCACGUGCAGAAGACAGUGUUUACUCAGUGGUAGCUAAGCAAGGUGGGAAGGAGAUUCGCAGGGAAUUUACUAAUGAGUACCUUGAAGAACUUACGAAACAAGUUAUAAAGGACAUACAACAGAUGCCCAAAGAAGAGUACAGGGAAAAAAUUAAAGAAUUACAGAUGGAAUCUGUUAUCUCUCGUAAACUGAAAAUGGAAGAGAAUGAAAGAAAACGGCAGGUCUUCAAGCCUACAGAAGUAAUAAUUUAUUGUAGAAACUGCACAACUGCAGUGUGCUUUGGAAGUGAUAUGCGGCUGAUUGAAAACAUGCACCACGUGAACAUUAACCCAGACUUCAAGAUUUACUAUGAACGUUCUGGAGGAAAUGUUCCUAUUCCGAAGAAAUUUGAAGACUGGGAACCAGGUCCUGCAAUAAAGUGUGCAAACUGUGGCCAGGAGUGGGGUAUGGAAAUGAUUUACAAAUCUGUCACUCUGCCUAUCCUGUCAAUCAAGAAGUUUGUAGUUGAGAUGCUAAAUAAAGAAAAGUCUGAAAAAAAGUCAUACCGACAGUGGAAGGAUGUCCCCUUCACAAUUGAGGAAUUUGACUACGUCGACUACUGUCAGAAUAACUUUCCGGAAGUCUCCUUUGACAGUGCAUAAGAACUCAGAAAAUAUUAAAAUGCAAACAUUCAAAAGUAUGUAGAUUAUUUUAAUAAAGAUCAUAAGACAUAAUGGUUAUAUCUGUACACCAAAAUGACAAAAGAGUCCAUUCCACUUACCAUCCCUGGCAGAGUUCAAAUCCCACCUCUUAAACCAGAUGGAACUUUCUUAAUGCUUAUUAUGGAGAACAAAUCUUUUACAAUUUGGUUAUGGAAAAUCCUGUUUUCAGACAGCUGGAAAAGGCUAUAAAGUAGUGUUAGCAGAAAAGCAAUUGCAUGUGUCAGUAGUUUGCACAACAGAUACCUUAUCAGUGAAUUAUACAGUUUCAUCAAGAAUAUAAAUAUUCAGACCAGACAAAUUCAGGCCCUGUUCAACCUUCUAAAGCUGUGGAAAAAAAGAAGGACAAAUAUCUCUUUUUUUAUGUAAAAGGUGUUUUCUUUGCCCUGACUAAUGGUGACCCCUCUGAGGUAAGUGUGGGGUACAGAAACCUUUACAGGCCAAGAUUCAGGGCAAGUUUUGUUUUGGUCGAAUGCUUCUUCAAAAUAGCUGUUGUGUGAAUUUGCUUUAAAAAGUUCACUGCUCAUUAAGAGAUUUCAUUUCUGUGCAGAGUGAAAUAAUUUUGGGCAUGAGUUAGUGAUUUUAUGCACCCUGUAUUUCAAAAAAAACUUCCCAAGAUGUUGAUUAUAAGUGAAAAAACAUACUUUUUUAUUUUAGUGCUAACACGUAUUUACAUAGUACUGAUUUUAACGAUAGAAUUACAGAAACCAGACGUGAAGUUCCUAUAUACAGACAACGAUAUAGCUCAAUUAUUAUUUCAAUAGUAACAUAAUUUAGAAAUGAGAUGCAUUGUGCAUUUUCAGAAAAGUUAGAUGAAAUUAUUCACGGGAUUUUGUAGAAUCUGAGAAAGUCGACUGCAUCAGUUUUGCUGCAGAGUGAGAAGCAUGCCUGACAUUAUAGUGCCUUUUGGGGAACUGCCACCGAGGCUAAUUACUCCAUCAAUAAGACACUGCUAAGAAUUGACCCAAUAGUCAGUGAUCUGGGAACAUAAGUAGAGAGUAAUCUGGCCUGUGACCAACAUGUGGCCAAGGUUGUAAGAAAAUCAUUUUAUGUCGUCCAACUUAUAAGUAAGGGCAUGGCAUCCACAUCCAAAGAAGUCAUGGUGCCACUUUAUUCAGACGUUAUCAGACCCAUCACUGAGUAUAAUGCCCUAUACAGCAUGUAACUGACUAGACAUAUGCAACAGUUGGAAUGCCUACAGAGUUUCCUUAUCAGGAGAAUCCAGGCUAUAAAUACAUUAUCCUAUACAGAUCACCUUAAAGCCCUAUCUCUAUACUCUACUUCCUACAGGUUACUGAGAAGUGAUCUAUGCCUGGCAUACAACACAUUCUCAGAUCCAGCUCUGAUGGCCCUUUUGCACAUCUGGAAAAUGAACAAGAUCAGAACUACUAGAUCCAAGGAUUUAAAUUUUGCUUGUGACAUAAAUAAAACAUGGUGGUAAGACAGAUAUGUGUCUCAGGGGAUCCUCAUGCUCUGAAAAAGGCUCCCCAUCCAUGUGAAGCAGAGUCCAUCCCUCACCCUAUUUAAGCAUAACCUUGACUAAUGGAUAGAAAUCAGAAAUUCACCCUGGGUGUGGCCCCAUGUUUCUGACAGACGGAGGCAGACAGUAAUGCCCUAACUAACAUAUACCGCCCACAAACAACAUCCUUACUAACAUACUCUCUCUUAAUAAACUCCAAUGAUACAUAGGGAAACAAUUGGAAUGGGUGGUGUCCUAAUAAACUCCAAUGAUACAUAGGGAAACAAUUGGAAUGGGAGGUGUGGCUAGGAUUAUAAGGGCCCUGGUGGUCAUUAGCCUGGUGUAUAACUAUGAAUGUAUUUCUAAAACAAACACAUGGGGUAUAGAUGUUGACAAAAUAUUAAAUAUUUCAUAGAUUUUUGUAUUUCUUUACAGAUCAGGUCAUGCGUUUUAUUUUCAAAGGGACAGAAAUGAGACAAGUUGCCAGUUUGAUGACAAGCAAUAAAAUUUACAUUGUAAUCUUGUGUAAAACAAAGACAGAAAUGCUCAGGACAAAAUGUCUUGCAUCAAGUAACUAUCAGUUUCGGUGUAUUAAGCUGUAAUAGGGCUUAACCAAAAAGAGUUUCACUGUCUCCUUAUUUUCAAAUAUUGAAGUUGUUUAUAGUGUUCCUACUGGCCGGACUCAUUUAGUAUAUAUAUGAUAUUAGGACAGUGAAUACUUGCACUAAUUAAGAGAAUCUAUAUUUUCUGAAAGAACAGGCUAAAAUCUUUAUUGGACAUAGGCCCUUUUUAACCAUAAACAAAAAAUGUGGCAAAUAGUAGAAAAUGCAUUUAUUAAAAUCCAUCAUAUGUUUCAGGCUCGAGACUUCAUCUGCACAAACCUUUCAAAAUGUUCACUUGGACGAUGAGUUAAGCCCAUUGUGUUUUCUGGAGUCUUUCCUUAUACAUUUAUUUCAUAAUGAGCUGGCAGUACUGUAAAUCGUUCAUAGGUGUGUAUGUGAGUGAGCUAGUGUAUGAGAAUAUUCUGUGAUGGGCUGAUGUGCCAUGCCAAUUAAUGUCUCUGCCUUAUGCCCUUUGAUUUCCAAGCUAGCUUUCUCAGGCAAUGCAGAAAUGGAUAAAGUGAAUCCGUUCAGUCCUGACACCUUUUAUGUGUGGAUUCUGCAUGUUCUCACCAUGUCUGUAUGGCUUUCCUCUGGUACACCUGUUCCUCCCACCUACCCAAAUGUUGCCUGUUUGCCAUCCAUAUAUAUUACAACUAACCUUGCCCUUGUGGUCUGGGCCUUGACUGAUAAGGGUCCAAGAUGGACUAAUUCACUUAUUCGAGUAACAAAUGAAUAAAAUAAAAACUGAAUCGA